UUCCCAUACUGGGGAAUCAGGACAAGCCGGUAACCUGAGCCACAAACUAGUUCAAUCCCCUCCCUGUUCUAUUUCCUUUCACAAUACCUCCAGUGUUACUGACACAAGGAAAUGUGCUCUCAUUCGACAAACACAGCAACCCUCUCACGGCUGCCUUGGCUUAGAUGCAACUUGUGGACUUGUAAUCAUUGUUAGUUUCAAAGAGGACAAAGGGGAUACAAUGCUCUGCUCUGCUCUCACAGCUGCCUUGGAUUAGCUGCAACGUUUGGAUUCAUGGACUUUUAUAGAUAGAAUGGAGAAUUUGACUUGUCCGCAUCUGAACUAUCAGGCCUUUUUCCAAGACCAGUCUCAUUUUGUAGUGUAGGAAAUACAUACUAUGCGAAGUCAACUCCACAUCAGAUCCAAUAAGCUAACGACAACGUGGCCAUUACAAUACUUCCAGAACCUCCUAUUGGACACUUUCAACUAUUCCGGGGAAGAACAAUGAGCCGACAGAUCCUUGCCUUUGUCCUGGCCUUCAUCGGGUUCAUGGGGACCAUCGUGAUCUGUGCCCUGCCCAUGUGGAAGGUAACAGCCUUUGUCGGAGCCAACAUUGUCACUGCCCAGGUGUUCUGGGAAGGGUUAUGGAUGAACUGUGUGAUCCAGAGCACGGGCCACAUGCAGUGUAAAGCCUACGACUCCCUCCUGGCCUUGCCCCAGAACCUGCAGGCUUCCAGGGCUCUCAUCUGCAUCUCCAUUGGGGUCAGUGUGCUCGCCAUUGGGCUGACUGUAGUUGGGGCACGCUGCACCAACUUCCUCCAUGACGACUGGCUGGCCAAGUCGAAGGUUGGCAUUGCGGCAGGUGCGGUGUUCAUGGCAGCGGGGGUGUUGUGUGUUAUCCCCGUAAGCUGGUCCGCUCACACCAUCAUCCAGGGCUUCUACAACCCUCUGGCCACCCAGGAGAGGAGAGGGGAGCUGGGGGCGUCCAUCUACGUGGGGUGGGUGUCUGGAGCUCUGCUCAUGAUCGGAGGGGGGAUGCUCUGCAGCACGUACAGGUGCUGAGGAGGGAGAGGAGAGGAGGACAUUAGUUAUGGAUGCCAAAAGAGAGAAGAGAGGAUAUCAAAUGCUGGCCUUGUCCUGGAUGGAUGAGGGAAGGAAUGGAUAAGGGGAGGAAGGGAGGAGAGAGAGGGCUUAAAACAUUAUAUGUUUGAGGAAGAGAGAGGAUAACACAUUCUCUCCUCACUCCCCUAAAGACAUGCCUAAGUCUGGGAUGAUUUAGUCCACAUUGCUCCCACCUAGAUGAUUUUCUUGUGUGGAGAUGUAUUAGGUGAGGCCUGUAGAUUAACUGUGUAGUAACUGUAUGGUGAAAUUCACAGGACAGGUGCAGUGACUGCAUCCCAAAUGGGACCCUAUACCCAAAAUAGUGCACUACUUUUGAACUGAGCCCUAUGGGCCCUGGUCAAAAGUAGCGCACUAUAUAGGACAUAGGAUUCCAUUUUGGAUGCGACCUCCUCCAUCACCCCAGACAGGGGUAUGCAGCAUCAGAGAGGCAGAGUGUUCCAUCAUGGCUGUUUGUGGAGGACAGAUAGAGGAGUAGUUCUGAGUGAUGUUUUAACAUGUUUCUUAAUUGAUUGUAAAAAAAAUGUUUAAAAAAGAAUGCUUGACAAUGAGAGACUGGUAUCUGCUGGACAGCUCUUUAUUCACCAGCCUAAUAAGAGAGUUUUAAACAGAGUACACAUAUACACUGCUAUAUGACUGAAUCCCUGCAAAAUCAUGCAGGGUAAGGUGAGACGGUACCCCCGAGAUACAGUAUAUGACUGUACAGUAUAUGUGACGGAGAUCAGACUCGGUCAGGUUAGAUCAGACUCAGGUUAGAUCAGAAUAGGUCAAGUUAGAUCAGACUAGGUCAGGAUAGAUCAGAAUCAGGGUAGAUCAGACUAGGUCCGACUCAUGUUAGAUAAGACUCAGGAUAGAUUAGACUCAUGUUAGGUUAGAUCAGACUAGGUCAGGUUACAUCAGAAUCAGGUUAGAUCAGACUAGGUCAGACUCAGGUUAGAUCAGAAUAGAACAGACUUGUUCAGGCUAGAACAGACUAGGUCAGGUUAGAUCAGAAGUAAUAAAAUGCACUUUGUCUUUGAUCAAAACCUAUAUCUGAUAUAGAUUAUGUUAAGGAAACGAAUAAUGAUUGUAAUGAUGAGUCGUGAUGAACAACAUUAUCAAUAAACUGCUUUCCUACAUGA